AUAUAAUGUCAAGGCAAAGCUACUGAGAGUUUAGAGUGAAUUAUACUGUGUACAAGACAGUAGGAAAUUAGGCACGUGAAAACAUGUCUGGGAAGCCCAAGCUGCACUACUUCAAUGGACGAGGCCGAAUGGAAUCAAUACGGUGGCUACUAGCAGCAGCUGGGGUUGAGUUUGAAGAAUGUUUUCUGGAAACAAAGGAUGAUCUGACAAAGUUACAGAAGGAUGGUUCCCUGCUGUUUCAGCAAGUGCCAAUGGUGGAGAUCGAUGGAAUGAAGAUGGUGCAGACCAGAGCCAUUGGCAACUACAUAGCAAUGAAGUACAACCUCUAUGGGAAGGACCUGAAGGAGAGAGCCCUAAUUGAUAUGUAUGUGGAAGCAGUAAUAGAUCUGAAUGAGUUACUCAUGACCCAUACCUUCCAACCAGCCGAUAAAAAGCAGCAACACCUUGCUACUAUUGUGGACAAGGCCACAAACAGAUACUUCCCAGUCUAUGAGAAGGUUUUGAAAGACCAUGGACAAGACUUUCUUGUUGGCAACCAGUUUAGCAGGGCAGAUGUGCAACUACUUGAAACCCUUUUAAUGGCAGAAGAGUGCAAGCCUGAUAUACUUGCUAAAUUUCCUCUUUUGCAGAGUUUUAAAGCAAGAAUAAGCAAUAUCCCCACAAUAAAGAAAUUCCUGCAGCCUGGCAGCCAGAGGAAACCACCACUACAAGAAAAAGAUGUACCGAAAGUGAUGAAAAUUUUCUACUGAGGAGCAACCUAAAACCACAGCAACUCUGUUUUAUUGUCUUUGUGUUUGCUGAUAGUGGCAAAGUGAAAUUAAUGAAGUGAAAAGGUUUUGGAUCUCUCUUUCCUUAAUUACAGGAAUGGUUUUAGUCUAUGCAAACACUUACAGAGUAAAUCUACAUGAGCACACCAGCAAAUGAAAUAGUUCACUGAAUUAGGGGGUACACUGGACAACAUAGGAUAUCUUAAAAUACUUAAAACAAUACCUGAAAUAAAGUCUUACUAUUGAUACUCAAAACCAGUUUGUUCAAUGACUUCCUGC